AUGUAAUAAACUAUUUCUAAUAAGAUUUAAGGUAGACAAUCAAGAAGAGAUUUAGGAAUAAAUAAAUAAAUUGAUAUUGUACUUAAAAGUCCAUUACUUAAGAAUUCUAUAAAAUUGAAUUUAGAAAAUAUUCAAAGGUCAACUUCUGAAUAGUUUGUUACACCAUUGAAUAAUAAACAAUAAAAUAAAUUAACCUAAAAUCUUUCUCAUUUGAGUAAAGAUGGAUUAUCCUUUGGGUUAACUGAAAGAGAAAUGAAUUUAUGCGCUAAUGAGAUGUAAAUAAUGCAAUCUCAUUCUAAAAACUUAUUGGGAGCUACUUUAUCAGUUCGAACAUCAUAAUCAAACUAACUUUAAUCUCUUAAAUUUAUUGAAUUAAGUAAUAUAGAAUAUGAUAGUCCAAAAAUGAGGAAAGAUUUUAAAUUCAAAGAUAAAGAGAAUUAAACAAAUUAAGAAAUUCAAUAAAAAGUUGAAGAAAUGAAAGUUAAUUAUAUUAAAUCAAGUGUUACUUUAAAUUAAUAACUUAAUGAUAAUACAAGAUUAUUGUAAAAAAUUGAUGAAUUAAAAAAAUACUAAUAAAAUUUGUCUUUUAAUUAUUAAUUUUUAAAUAAAGAAUAGAUUGAUAGAAGGAAUAAAAAAAUUGUUAUGAAUUUAAAAUUAAAUAAUAAUAAAUAAUUAAUAAGUUUAAAAUAAUAGAAUCUUAUAGAUUUAAUAGCAAAAUAAUAACUUAUUAUCUAAAAUUUAGAAAAAAAACUUGAAAUUGAAAAAACUGAAAAAGAAUGUUUAAAAAUUUUUUGCCAAUCACCUAAAUCAUAACAAUAAUAAUAAAUAGAUCUAAAAUAAUUAGAUAUUAAGAAAAGCCAGACUAAAUUUCAUUUUAAUACUUGA